GUCAGUCGGCUUUCGAGUUUCUUGCUCUGCGCAACAUGGGCUCCGGGUUCCGUCCAAUAUAUAAAUGGAUCGUAUUCUGUUGUUUCUUUGCGAUUUGUCUAGUGUUUUUGCCACAACAAAAGAGCGAUGGUCCGUCACCGAAAUUUAGAGCACCUCAAGCAGUGACAACAAGCCUAGACGACUCCGAAGACGCGAAUGACUCAAAUGCCUUUCAAAGCGAUGGGACCGAUGGGAUCGAUGUGAGCGAUGUAACUGCAUUGCCGUUGUACUUUGUGGAGAGCUCAAAAUGCAAGAUUCCGUAUGUGGACCCCUUUGGGGCGGACGCAAUGGCCAUUUACAAGCCUAUGGUGUACGAGCCCUGCUCUAACGACACCGCCCUGGUGACCCCGAUCUACGAUGUGAUCAGACGGCGCUAUGUGCUGCACAUCAAUGAGACUCUUGCCUCCCAGCUGCUCAAUUCGAGCGAGAUUGAGUACAAUUGCUAUUACCAGGAGAUAAAAGGUAGCUCGUCUGACGGCUACGACAGCGUGGAUCGCAAGUACUUCUCCCAGGACUAUGUGGUGCCGGUGCAUGUUCAGGGCUUGAUUUUGGGCUGCCAUCGGAUAGACAAUACGUCGCACAUCCUGCAGAGCGAUGCCUACACGCUCGUCCAGUACAGGGCCCCGCCGCCAGGACUCUUCCUAGAGCCAUCGAAGCGGAAGCCGUCCGUCAUCAUGUUCGGCAUCGACAGUCUAUCGAGAAUCAAUCUGAGGCGCACCAUGCCCAAAGUAUACAACUUUCUCACGCGCAGUGGAUGGUACGAGCUUCAGGGAUACAACAAGAUAGGCGACAACACGUUUCCCAAUCUGAUGGCUCUUCUGGCCGGCUAUAGUCCCGAGUCGGCCAGGGAAAAUGUCUGUGACUGGGAAACCCAAGGCUGUCUGGACCAGAUCCCCUUCAUCUGGAAAUAUUUCAGGAACGCCAGCUACCUGACGGCGUUUGCCGAGGACGAGUCUGGGAUAAACACCUUCAACUAUUUUAAGCCUGGCUUCAAGGAGCAGCCAACGGACUACUACGUCAGGCCUCUCCAGAAGGCAGUCGAGUCGGAUUUGGACACAUGGAAGUGUGCCGAGUGCUCGCGGAGAUAUUGCAUUGGUCGCCGGGAAACGAGCAGUUAUGCCUACGAUCUGUGCAAGGAGUUCGCCAGGCGGUACGUGGAUGAGCGACCCAUUUGGGGCCUGUUCUGGUCGAACAGUUUCAGCCAUGACAGUUACCGAAUGCCAUCGAAAAUGGAGGACUACGUCCUGCAGUACAUGCUGGACUUUGAGGCUGAUGGCGUGUUCGAGCAGAGCAUUGUGAUAUUUCUCUCCGAUCACGGUACACGCUGGGGGGAUUUAAUGUACUUGGAAAGUGGCUUUCUGGAGUCGCGACUUCCCUCAAUGUUCAUCUACCUGCCGCCCUGGUUCCGCGCCCAUUACCCCGAAUAUGCCCAGGCCCUGGAACUGAAUCAGCAUCGGUUGACCUCCAACUAUGAUCUGCACAACACUCUGAAGCACAUCGUAGAGAUAGGCGGAGAUAGAGAUACCGAAGGCCGGAAACCGGAGCUGCCCAAGUCCCACGAUUGCCCCAAAUGUCACUCGGUGUUCUAUCCCAUGGACGAGCAUCGGUCAUGCGAAGAUGCUGGCAUACCGGAGCACUAUUGCACCUGUCUGCCCUACAAGAGGCUUUCCGGCGACUGGCCCCUUCGCAUCGCUCCUCGGGUCAUUGACCGCAUCAACGAAUACCUCAGCGGCAGAAAUCUCAGUGCAAUUUGUGCCAAUUUAUCACUGUCUUAUGUACACGAAACCGAAAUUCUGAUCCCCCUCGAUCAGAGCUUCCACGAUGAUAUAUCGCUCUCCGAGACUGCCGUAUAUCGCACUAUGUUCAAGGUAAAACAGAACAGUGCCGAUUUCCGGGCCACAGUCGUCUUCAAUAAUGUUACAGAAGCUUUGGAGGUCAAUGUGACGUCUAUAAGUCGCCUCGAUUCCUAUGAGGACGAUGCCACCUGCAUCGACGACAAAACCGACAAAUCGUACUGCAUUUGUCUGAGCAAUCUCAAAGAGUAGCCUACAUAGAUACCUUCUAGGCACAUUAUUGUUCCACAAGUGUUGUUUCCUGUCGUUAACAAAAUAAUUAACUAAUUGAAAAUCAGAUAUUAUCUCAUAUUUUUAUGACUACUAGAGCUACAGGAAGGUGACAUAUGUACAUAAAUACAUAUACAUAUGUACAUCGACUAUCUAAAUAUAUCAUAUCUCUAACAUGAUUAAUCAGGCAGGCCGGUAUGCGGUUUUCAAUUUCGAAAAACAUUUCCGAUUCAGUUUUGAAAACGCAAAAAUGGGUGCUUCCACAAAACGCAAGUCGCAAAUUUAAUAAGUGAUUAAUUAAUGCAAUAGCAUUGAAUUGAAAGCAUUACUAAACUAAACUACAUUACUAAACUAUUUUUUUUUACCUAAGCUUAAGUUAUGUCAUCCAAAUCGAAUGACUAUAUAAUUGAAUUACAUGCCGUCUUCGGAUAAAUGUUUGUUUUAUAAACAACUCAGAGUUUUUUUUGUACCAUAUACGAGAAUAAUAUUGAAAGGCCUUGUUAAAAAAUCUACUAUCUAUGCGAAAAGAUGCAAAAUUAUUAAUUACAUUUUUGAAAAAAAAGCUUGUUUAAGUUUACAGUUUUUGUUGAGCUGUAUAAUGUUUUCUGUAUGAAUGCUGACGACGUACUGAAGAAAUAUAGAAAAUUAUAGCCAAAGGGAUCGGAUAAAUAUAGACAAAGCCUAAUUUGGAGUAAAAUACUAAUAUACGGCUAUCUGACUGUAUCUGAAUUGUAUCACAAUUACGUUGCCAUUAAACCAUAGAAUAUUAUGACCCACAAAUCUGUUAUAUUUUAACAAAUUCCUUUUAAAUUCGGACUUUUAGUUCGGACAAUAUACCAUAGAUCGCAGCAGAAUGUGCAUCCUUCGAUGAAGAUUUGUUGGCACACAGGCCCAUCCGGUGUUGUAGGUGAGGAAAACGAAGCAGAUGCCUCAGCGAUGUCUAAAGAUUGUGCACAUCACCUUGAUAACGGAAUUUAUGUCGGGGCCCAUAGGUAAAUUGAUUGCAUGUUUCCAUUCCUGGUAUUGGACAGCCAUUGCACCGGUGCAGACUUUCAGAACAUCGAAUCUUGUGUUGGCUAGCCAUCGGACAUAUAGCCCUCAGUGAUUUUGCAGUUACUGCAGUUAAUCGAGCCAAAGACAACCCAGCACGCAUUUGGUGUCCAUAGUAAAGACCAGAGAGAUAGACUAGAACUGAGGAAAGACUCCGUUGCCAGUUCAUCUUCCGCCAUGCAACUGAUAAUCACUUGAGCUCUGACUGGGAAACAAACUUUGUGUUAUCAGCCGAUCCUAUAGAUGCCUUCUCUGGGUACUUCAAUAAUCAUCUAUUGUAAUUAACUGAUUAACUAGCUCCCUGCAGUGCCAGAU